AUGAAACUUUUUGAUGUUUUUUCUUCAUUUGAUGAAUUUGAAAGUGUUUUAAGUCACUACAAAGACAAAAAUUAUGUCGACUAUUAUAUUAAAGACUGCAAGACCCUGGCAUCAAUCAAUGCUAAAUUCCCAAAUGGGAAAAUGGUAACAGCAUCAACCAAAAUUAAGUAUUAUUAUAUUAAAUAUUGUUGUGUGCAUGGAGGAUGCCACAAAAAAAAAAAAAAUACUUUAGACCAACGUGUCACCUCUACAAUGCGCCAAGGUUGUGAAGCUUUUAUAUAUUUAAAAGCUUCAGCAAAUGGACAACAGUUAGAAAUAACUAAAAUGGACGAGACUCAUAACCACGAGACCUCAAAAAUAUUGUACAGCCAUCUUCCCAAUCAGAGAAAGAUCACACCGGAAAACAAGGCCAUAGUUAUAGAGUUGAUGGAUAUGAAGGCGAACAAAAAACUUAUACAGGAAAAAAUAAUGAAAGAAAGCGGUAAAAUAGUUACACUAAAGGAUUUAUCCAACAUCCGUACCACAGCUGGAAAUCAUUGUUCAAAAAAUGAUUUAACCGAAGUUGUAACUAAAUUAAAGAGUAAAUUCAACUGUACUGUAGAGGUAUCAAUAGACGAAUACAAUAAUUUGAACGGUAUUUUUAUUCAAGAUAUGAUUAUGGUAGAAUCAUUCAGUUCAUUUCCAGAGGUAGUUUUUGCAGAUGCCACGUACAAACUACUUGAUCUGAGGCUUCCCGUUUAUGUUUUAAUGACUGAGGAUGGCAAUGGGCAGAGUGAAAUUGCAGCGAUUGGACUGUUGGUGAAUGAAGAAGAGUCGACUUUGCGUUGGUUUUUUGAAACAUUCAAAAAGAACAACCCAAUAUCAAUUCAAACUCGUGUAUAUGUCACUGACAAAGAUAUGAAGGAAAGAAAUGUAAUAAGGCAAGUAUUUCCAAAUUCUUCAUUAACAAUAUGCUUAUUUCACACAUUACGGACCUUCAAUCGGGAAAUAACGUGUGAAAAAAGAAAUAUAACUCCCAAAGAAAGGGAUGAUGUGAAACUGAUAUUUCAAGAAUUAACAUACUGCAAAUCCGAAGAAGAAUAUGAUAUGAUAUACAGCCGCCUUCAAUCCAUAGCACCUGAAUCAAUAAUUAAUUAUUAUAAUAAAAAUUGGCACAAUAUAAGAAAGGAAUGGGUGAUGGGCAUGACGUUUAACACUGGAAAUUUCAUGAACAAGACAAAUAACUGA